GUUAUCUUUUUUUUGUUUAUUUCUGAAACAAAUAUUGAACGCUAAUGAUUCUCCUAAUGUCCAUGUCCUUUAUUUUCCAAAGGAAAUACCACAUAGAUUUCCCCCUGAGUGCCACACAGAACUAUGAUUAAAACUUCAACAUUUGAUUUAUUCCCUAAUUAUAAAGGCAAAUGACUACAUUCCCCUUGUCCACUAAUCCAGUAAUUUUAUCAAAGAAGACAACCAAGUUGCUCAGGCACGAUUUACCCUUGGUAAGUCCAUGCCAACUGUUCCCAGUCACCUUCUGCUCCCCCAGGUCCUCAGAAACACCAUUCAAGGGGACUCACUCCAUUAUUUUCCCAAGAACUAAAGACAAUCUGACCUCUUGUCCUUGUGGCAACAUUUGAAAAUCAGUUUUCUGAUUUUCUUCUUUUUUCAGUGGUUGGGAAUCUUCCUUUAUCUCCAUGACCAUUCUAAGAGGAUAGAAAGUGGCCUUGCAAAGGUGGUAACUGGUUCUCUUGAUAGCACAGUGGGUUCCAUGGACUUUUAUGGGUCAAGUCCCCUCAAGUAAUCCUGUUUUAUUCUCACCUGCUUGUGACAGUUCUCAUCCUUGAACUCAUUCACUUAGCAUGGAGGAAAGGGAGACAUAGAUAGUGAUGAAUGAAGCUAAGAAAGCAUUGGGUACCUCAGCCUUAUCUGCACCUGCUGUCACUGGAUUACUGGUCCCAUUCAGCAAGCUACCCAUAUUUUUAUCAUUCACCAUUUUGCUCCUAAUGGGGUGGCUGAAGUUCUCCAUGUUGUUUUUGAUGUCCUUUACAAACAUCAACUAUAGGUGAGCUUUUGUUUUCCUAAUAUAAUUCUUAUGUUGCCAGACAACGUUUCUAAAUAUCUCCUUUGUAUUCUGUCCCUUCUUCAAACUCAUUCAUGUUCUCUUUUCACAUUGUAGUCUCCAGGGUUAGCUACUGUCAUGAUACAUCUUGUUUUCUUGAGAGCUGGGAUGGACUAUUCUUGUGCAAGGACGUUGCUGUCCUUAGAGGCCUGCAGCUUCCUUGAGCUCCUUGUCUUUGGGAUCUGCUCCCGUGGGAUUCCCACUACCACUUUCCUAAAUGGAAAUCUGCUCACCUGAAGCCCAUGGUCUGCACUGCUGCUCUCCUUCCUCAACCUGUUUAGGAUCUUGAGUUCCACUACCUCAUCAUCACUAGAUCUGAGUCUGGCACUGACAGCACAUCCCCAUACAGCCCCUCUUUACCACUGAGCAGAUGAUUCUGUUGUGCAUCACCCCCAUUAGCCCACGCAGAAUUUGUGUCUGAACGUUCCCCCUGACAGCCUCCAGGAACCCUGUUCACUGCUAGACCUCUUGUGUUGCACUUCCAGCAGAUGCCAUGAACACUGAAAGUCCUACAUAAGAAGUGGGUUCUGUGGUCCAGAAGCUUCCUUGAACUGCUUAAAGAAGACUUCAUCACCUCCCUCACCCUGAGCUCUGCAGUGUGCUCUCACCAUAAUGUCACCCAUGUCAAGCGUGGCUUGGUGACUGCACAGGAAGAUCUAGUACUUCCCCUUUGCUUCCCAGGCUGCAGCUGGGCACACACACCUAAGGCAGCUGGGUCUCAUUGCCACAUUUUGCCAUUCCUGAGGUCUCUUCUUUUUCUGUCAUGCUACACCUUUUGCUUUAAUGGCUCUUUACAACAUAAUGCCCUCUGUUCCUCAGUAUGGUAGCAGUGCACUGCAUCUUUCCUCCCCACAUUUUGCCCACUCUCUCUUUCCUUGUUUCUUGCCCUAUAUCUUCCCAAGUACCUGGCAUUAUGGCUGCAGCUUGAAAUGCUGGUCACUCAAGGGUGCUAUGGUGCUACACAGUCAGUGAGUGUCAGCCACAGCCAUGGCCUACCAAAUUCUGUGCACUUCCACCAAAAUAAAUGGAAUUGGGAUGAGGAAGGGGUGUCUUUUCUCACAAUUGAAAAAGCUGGAAGGCUUGGUAAUUCAUGGAGUAAAAGCCUAUGUAGGAUUACUUGUCAGGUGCUGGAUUUGAUGGCCCACACCAUAAAGACCUCCAAAGUCCAAGUAUUUGUUCUGCCCAGAACUUCUGGUUAGGGUGAGCUGAAGAGGUAUUGAUGAUGCUUCUGCUGCAUGGAACUGUAUUACAAAUGCUCUGUAAACAGCAACACUAAGAAAUAUCUCUCUGUUAUUAACUGUAAGAUUUAGAAAGUUGUGUAGCAGCAAGUGCAAAAGUGUUUACAUUUUACUGUAAGGGAAAUAGAAUUGUAAUAAUUUUAAUCCUGUUCACCACUGUGGAAGUGAAAAUGAGAUACGGCUUCAGCACAAUUUGAUGUGCAAAACCACUCACACAUUGCUAAUAUGCAAACUGCUUGACUGUGAGAAGAGUUGUUCCAUGUCCAGGAAAGAAACUGAUUGUGAGGUGUCUUUUCUAAGGCAAAUAGGUGCAUUCAAAUCAAGAAAUGUCAGAGAACCCAGGUCUUCACUUCUUGUAUUACACUUUUUUGAUACUGUGAAUAUUUUCUUUUUAUGUUUCAGUAUUCAGCCCAGCCUGCUGAUAGACUUAUCUCAACCUUUUGGAUAACUUUGCCAGACACAACUUCCUUCCCAGACUGACCUGGCCUGGACGCCCACCAUGCACAACAGCACCGCCGAAAUUCUGCACGCUGCUGAGACGCAUAACGAGACUUGGUCCAGCCAGGCGCCGAGCUCCGAGUUCUCCCUGGGUGUGUUGGCACUGCUGGCUUUCCUCAUGGUGUUGCUGUGUCUGGUGACCAUCCUUGGCAACAUGCUGGUGAUCCUUGCUUUCAUUAUGGACAGGAACCUGAGGCAUCGGAGUAACUAUUUCUUUCUGAAUCUUGCUGUUUCUGACUUUGCAGUGGGUGUGUUCUGCAUGCCUCUCUACAUCCCUUACAGCCUGACAGGGAAAUGGCACUUGGGAAGAGGCAUCUGCAAGCUCUGGCUGGUCAUGGACUAUCUCCUCUGCACAGCUUCAGUGUUUAACAUUGUUCUUAUCAGCUAUGACCGUUUCCUGUCAGUCACUAAAGCUGUGUCUUACAGAGCCCAGCAGGGAAUAACAUCCAACCCUACCAUUGAGAUGGUGGCCAUCUGGCUACUUGCCUUCCUCCUGUAUGGCCCAGCCAUCCUGUUUUGGGAGCAUGUGGCCGGACACAGCGUGGUGCCUGUGGAUCAGUGCUAUGCUGAGUUCUUCCACAACUGGUACUUCCUCCUGUGUGCAUCCACCCUGGAGUUCUUUGUGCCCCUGCUCCUGGUGACCUACUUCAAUGUGCACAUCUUCCACAACAUCCAGCGGCGCCAGCGGCGCGGCAGCGUGCAGGACUGUGAGCAUGCCAGGAGGAGCAGCCUGUCCUGGAGGUUCUGUGGCUUGCCAAGGCCAGGGGCAUCAUCUCCUUCGUCAGAAGGAGAGGACAGUGGUUCUUCUUCCAUGAGACCAAAGAAAGAGUCUUUGGGAGCUGACUGCUCAUCUCCAUCCACAGACAAUUCUGUAACCCCAGGAAAUGACUUUUCUGUUUCUUUCUGUGCAAAGUCCAGAUCAAAACUGCAACGGGACAAGAAAAUAGCAAAGUCCCUUGCCAUAAUUGUCUGUGUGUUUGCCACUUGCUGGGCCCCAUACUCUUUAUUAGUGAUUAUCCGUGGGCCCUGCCAGGGAACUUGUGUCCAUAACUUCCUGUAUGAAGCAACGUUUUGGCUUUUGUGGAUCAAUUCCUCUUUGAACCCAUUUCUUUACCCUCUCUGUCAUGUUAAAUUUCGAAUGGCUUUUCUGAAAAUUCUAUGUCCCAAAAAGUUUGCAACAUUGAGAUCGGGUUCUUUUUAGAAAAAAGAAAAACAAGGUCCAAGAGGAGAUGGAUGAGGGACGUAAGUAGCCACUGUUUGAAAUUAGAUUUAGUCUUUUCCAGGAGAUUAAACUAUUUGCAGAAUCUAAAUAAGCCUUCUGUGAAAUGUCCUCCUGCAGACAAAUGUGCAUGACCAAGGUUUGUGUACUUUUCCCAGCUAUUCGAAUUGAUCAGGUAAAAGCUAUUGCCUCUGUCUGACUUUCCCAAGUUGUCUAUCCACAUUAUCUUAAUUCUGAUUGCUGAAAAUGUUGUCUUCAAUUGCAGUACCUCUUAUAUUUGUGUUCACAGAUGAUAUUAGUUAAAAAUACAAUAAAGUUAUAUAUUACCCUUAGGGUCAAUAGUAUUCUAAAGUUGCUAUCUUCUCUGUUCUACUUCUUUUGAAUGAUUUGCAUUCAAGACCCAAUUUUUGCCUAUAUGAAACAUCCAAUGAAGUUAUGAUUUUUGUUUCCAGGCACAUAAAAGGAUUGCUUCCUUUCACUAAAGGUUUUUGGCCAUCAGAAGCAAAGAGGAACUACUUUCAAAAACUCGGAUGUAUGUGUUCUCUGCAGAAGGGCAUUGCUCACUAUAUUUGUUCAGAUGCAGCAGUAGAGAAUUCAGGUGUGUAAAGCAUUUAUGUGGAUGUCCAAGUAUUCUGCAAGAAACCAGCCUUCUUCAGAUGUAGUUUUGAGAGAUCAUAGAAAGAGAAGUGUUUGUUCUUACUCCCUGGGGGGAAAAAUCCAAUUCUGUUUCUGUUACAAGCCCUCAGCUGGAGGCUGUGAUAAGUGGUAUAUUUCUUACACACUGUGUAAGGCUGUGUUUGUUUUUCUGCAUGAGCCAGGAAAAUGGCUGGCCUGGAUGGCUGCCUGCAGCAUGUGUGGUGAGAGCUGAGACAGCUUGGAGGUGAUCUUCUUUCAAUACACACUUUCCAUACUGUUAAGGACUAUUUACUUGCAUGGCUCUGAAACUACCUGAUAUUAACUUCCUUAUUAAAUAAGCAGGCAUAACUUUAAAAUGUAAAUAAUUUCUUUUCAUCACAUGGUCAGUAAGUAUAAGACUAGGAAAUAAAUGGAAGAAUGAAAACUAAAGAAAUGUGAGAGGUAUUUGGUGUCCAUUUUAUCUUCUG